GCGUGCGGGAGCUGGCGGUGCGCACCCCUAAUAGGCCGAGAGCCGGGCGGAGUGCGGGCGGUUUGAACGGUUGCUGGAGGCGGAAUCAGACGGUCGCGUUAUCGAGUAUAUUAUUGCAGCCCAACAACGUCGAGUAGCUGAAGCUGCUUUGACCCCGCCGUCGGGCUUGUGCCCGCCCGGCCGCACCGCGUUUAAAGCCGCAUCCCCGGGGCCCAGAGUCGGGCAGAACCGUGAAGCCACCCCCCCUCCCAACCCAUCCACGGACCAACGGUGCUACCCAAAUAUCCAAGAUGGCAGGAACCUGCUCCUCUGAUAAGAUGUCCUCCGAUGAAGAGAGGACUUCCACCCCAGUAUUACCUAAAGAUUCAGAUCGUGGUAGUUCAGUUUCUUCUGGGCUGCAGGAUGAGUAUGAAGAGCUCCUACGUUAUGCAGUGGUAACUCCAAAGUGGGACUCUGGUGGCGUCAGACAGUCGCUUUCCAGCACUAAGCCUGCAGCUUGUGAUAAAGAUUUAGAUGCAGUAGAAGCAGGAACGUCAUCAGGACAGAGGAGGAACAAAAGAACACAGACUCCAGGCACACCAUCUGUCCCGGAAAAGUCUGAUUCAGCAAAAAAGGGGCAAUCAUUAGUAGGCACGUCAUCAGGACAGAAGAGGCACAAAAGGCAACUGACUCCAGGCACAACAUCGGUCCCUGAAAAGCCUGAUUCAGCACAAAAGGGGAAAACACCAGAAGGCCAGGAAGUACCCCAGAAGAUAACUCCUUCAUCUGCAUCAAAUACCGUUUUCCAAUUAGAGGGGCUUGUUUAUUCUGAGAAAACCCCUUCACGUGCGGCAGUACGCAGAACGCCAGAGAUGUUUCAAUCAGUAUGUCAAUUGUCUAUUCCAGCUGAAAAUCUGGAUAAAGUGGAAAAUAUACUCAACACUGCAAAUGACCAACUCAAGGCCAAUAUUCUGUCUGAAAUACGCCAAUGGAGACUUUCAGUUAUUGAACAGCAUAAGGAAGAGUUGAAAGAAGAAAAGGAGAAACAUGAAGCUCAAAUUGCGCAAAUGGCCUGCCAGACGCAGAGCUUAAACCAGCUAAUUUGUACCUAUGAGGAUUCGGUUCGAAGGAAAGAUGAGGUAAUUUCCAAUUUGAUCCAAGGACUUAAGAAUCUGAAAGAUAAGAUAGAAUUGAUGCGCAGCUUUACUCAGUGGCGACUUCAACAUUCAGAGGCAAAAGCAGAAGAUUACGCCUGUAUUCUGGCUGACAGGCAUUACAAUUACUGUCUGAUGAGAAAAGCAUGUACGGCUUGGAAAUCGGUAGUGCAAACGGAAUGGAAAACAAGAGUGGAGAAAGCAUGUCAAGCUCGAGCUGAAGAAGUCUGCAUUCAGCUCUCGAGGGACUAUGAGAGAAAUCUUAAUGCAUCAAGGGAGGAACUAGAAUGUGCAAGAGCAGAGGUACGACGAUUGUUGGCCGAAAAGGACAAGUGUACUGAUUCCAUGAAGAAAGCAUUUAUGCGUGGUGUAUGUGCUCUCAACCUGGAGGCAAUGAGCAUGUUUCAGAAUGGAAGCAGAAUAGUGGAGCAUGCAGCAGAUUUAAUACCUGGAAGAGAUGACUUGGACAGCUGUCCUUCCACCUCUGCACCCCAGCCAUCAGUUUGUCCUGUUCCAGCAUCUUUGGAUCCUUCAAUUCCCUUUGACUCUGAUCGGAUGAUUACUAUACACUUUGGGACAGCAAAUGUUUCCCAAACAAGAGCAGGAGGAACAUCCACACUAGCAGGUCCCACCACAGUGACGACGUCUUUACAAUCUGGAUUCCAAUCCACCCAGAAGCUGCCUGUGACCAAAUGUGCAAGCUCAGCACAGCACAAAUCAGGGAAAACCAUUGUGGCACGAUUCACAGGGCUAUCUGACCCAGCCACGAGAGCAGCUAAAUGUGGAUCAAGCCAGGGAGUGUCUCCACCAAUGACGACAAUCUGUGUGGAAAGGCACCAUCCUGUCACACAGCAAACCAUUGGUCAAGCAACUGCAGCUAAGUAUCCUCGAUCAAGUCAACCACACCCUGUCUCUGGGGGGAAGGUCCCCGCCCUGAGGUCAAAAUCACCCGCAGUGAACUGUGGCAUCCAGUCAAUAAAGGUUGUAGACUGAAGUCCUCGCCAGUUACUUUAGCAACCUAAGCAGAGGAUAAGAGAAGAACUUGCACAGAGGACACCUCAUGGGAAGCUGAGGAAGCCAUCCAUGGUUGUGCUACAACUGAAGACAGGACUUGGAAUUGUGAGCUACUAAUAUUCAGUUUUUAUCGCAUUAACCCACUAGCAAUAUUACAUGUCUGUUUUUGCAAAUUCCCAAUCCAGUGGAAAAAAUUGUUUAUGCAGUGUGGUUCUUAAGCAAGGGUGUAUCAAUUUUUAAAUGCUGUAAAAAUAUAUAAUGUAUUGAUUGUACAGAAUUUAAGGAUAACUUCUCAAUGUUCUAACAUAUUGGUGAUAGAUCUUUCCAAGCUGACAUUUGUGAAAAUGCAGUGCGUGAAAUUUUCAUGAUGCUGGGGCUUGAUUCAAUACUUCAUAGGGUUAAGCGCUAAAACUUUUUAUCAGUGGAGCUCGAUGGGUUGGGUAGUACAGGUGCAGUAAUGACUUUCUAAAAUGGAUUUGUUUUUAAAAAUAAAACCUCAGUUCUCAUGAAAUCAUCAUGAUUAAAGAGAAGAAACUCCCUAUUGGGAAUUGGGAACAUUUAUCUCCUGUAUUCUACUUCUACAACUGUGAAUUUUUCAAAGAAUUAAAAUACGAACUAGUGCUUGGUGGUUAAAUUAUUUUUACACAGAAAUAUUUUUAAUAAUAAAUGCAAAAUCUUUUAACUAAUAAUUCUCAAUUCCACUUAUUGAUGAUCAGUGGUUCAAUUUCUAAACUGUGACAUUAUUAUACUGUCUAAAGGUAGAUCUCUUCCUGUUAUGAGCUGUCUUGCUGCUUUUGACUGUACAACUGUGCCAGCUUAAGGGCAUUUAUAACAUUAAUGCUUUUGACUAAUAGCAUUAUGAAUGUCUAUUGGUAUAUUAGAUCUCCAACAUUGUGGACAUUUACCUUUUAAUUCGGUAUGGAAACAGAGAGAAGGCCAAAUAUCUGAGCUUUCGCCCGACAUUGUCAUUGAGAUGAGAACCAUCGAGGAUCCAUCUCCUUGAUGCAUUAAGUAGCACAGUCAACUGAACACCUGUGUAUAUCUGUACAAUUUGAGAAGUGGGAUUUUGAGACUGAUGAUUUCCAUUGUGUGUUAUGCAGUGAAAAGAUGAAGUUGUGGGUUUGCAGUGUUAUAGGAGAGGUUUCUGUGGCACAGCUUGCCUGUAGUGAAAGGUCACUGAAAUUGUUCUGAGCAAAUAUGUCAACACUCAUUAUAUCAUGUUUUUAAUUCGUGAGAAUUACCAGUUAUACUUUUGAUUAAAAUGUUUUUCUUUGAUUAAUAUAUUUAUGGUUUGCAGUUAUCUUUAGUUUAUUCCUAUUGAACUGUAAAGUUUUUGAAGGAUGAGCACAAAACUUGAAUUUAAAAAUAAAUGAUUUCUGUAUAAAUGUGGGUGUGUAUAUAGGAUUUGUAUUAACAUUUUAUUAAAAUUUUCUACUUUCAGUA